CACACUUCCUGUUGAUCUGGCUCCGCUGAGGGCUGGGCUGAGAGGAGGGCUGGACUGAGAAGGAGGGCCGGCGGGCGGGCGGCGGCCACUGGCCAGGCGUGGGCGUGCGCGGCGCAGCCGCGGGCGCAGAGCGUCCGCCUGGUCGCCUGAGUCCGGAGCAACCUCGGCUCCCGCGCCACCCGCUGUCUGUCCUUCUCUCUGGACCUCGGCCCCGCCGCGCGGCACCAUGCCCGCCGUGGACAAGCUCCUGCUAGAGGAGGCGUUGCAGGACAGCCCCCAGACUCGCUCUUUACUGAGUGUGUUUGAAGAAGAUGCCGGCACUCUCACGGAUUAUACCAACCAGCUGCUCCAGGCGAUGCAGCGAGUCUAUGGAGCUCAGAAUGAAAUGUGCCUGGCAACUCAGCAGCUUUCCAAGCAACUGCUGGCAUAUGAAAAGCAGAAUUUUGCUCUUGGCAAAGGUGAUGAAGAAGUAAUUUCUACACUCCAUUAUUUUUCCAAAGUGGUGGAUGAGCUUAAUGUUCUCCAUACUGAGCUGGCCAAACAGUUAGCAGACACAAUGGUUCUGCCUAUUAUACAGUUUCGAGAAAAGGAUCUCACAGAAGUAAGCACUUUAAAGGAUCUUUUUGGACUUGCCAGCAAUGAGCAUGACCUCUCAAUGGCAAAAUAUAGCAGGCUUUCUAAAAAAAAGGAGAAUGAAAAGGUAAAGACUGAAGUCGUAAAAGAGGUGGCAGCUGCACGGCGGAAACAGCACCUUUCAUCCCUGCAGUACUACUGUGCCCUCAAUGCACUGCAGUACAGAAAGCGUGUGGCCAUGAUGGAGCCCCUGCUAGGCUUCGCUCAUGGACAGAUUAACUUUUUUAAGAAGGGAGCUGAGAUGUUUUCUCAAAGCAUGGACAGUUUCUUAACCUCUGUUGCAGAUAUGGUUCAAAGCAUCCAGGUGGAACUGGAAGCGGAAGCAGAGAAGAUGCGGGUGUCCCAGCAAGAAUUACUUUCUCUUGAUGACUCCGUUUACACUCCAGACUUCGAUGUGGCUACUCCCCAGAUCAACAGGAACCUCAUCCAGAAGGCUGGUUACCUUAAUCUUAGAAACAAGACCGGCCUGGUCACCACCACCUGGGAGAGGCUCUACUUCUUCACCCAAGGCGGCAACCUCAUGUGCCAGCCCAGGGGCGCCGUGGCUGGAGGUCUGAUCCAGGACCUGGACAACUGCUCAGUGAUGGCGGUGGACUGCGAGGACCGGCGAUACUGCUUCCAGAUCACCACUCCCAAUGGAAAAGCGGGAAUAAUUCUCCAGGCAGAAAGCAGAAAGGAAAAUGAAGAGUGGAUAUGUGCAAUAAACAACAUCUCCAGACAGAUCUACCUGACUGACAACCCAGAGGCAGUCGCCAUCAAGUUGAAUCAGACGGCUCUCCAAGCAGUGACUCCCAUUACAAGUUUUGCCAAAAAACAGGAAAGCCCGUGCCCCAGCCAGAACUUGAAAAAUUCAGAGAUGGAAAAUGACAAGAUUGUUCCCGAAGCAUCAGUCAUUAUACCUGAAGCAGAACAACUGAUUGCUCCAGGAACACCUAUUCAAUUUGACAUUGUACUUCCUGCUACAGAAUUCCUUGAUCAGAACAGAGGGAGCAGGCGUAUCAACCCUUUUGGUGAAACUGAGGAUGAGACGUUUCCAGAAGCAGAAGAUUCUCUUUUGCAGCAGAUGUUUGUAGUUCGGUUUUUGGGAUCAAUGGCAGUUAAAACAGACAACACUCCUGAAGUGAUUUAUGAAGCAAUGAGACAAGUACUGGCUGCUCGGGCCAUCCACAACAUCUUCCGUACGACAGAAUCCCACCUGAUGGUCACCAGUCAGACUCUGAGGUUGAUAGAUCCUCAGACUCAAGUAACAAGGGCCAAUUUUGAACUUACCAGUGUCACUCAGUUUGCUGCUCAUCAAGAAAAUAAAAGACUGGUUGGCUUUGUGGUGCGCGUGCCUGAAUCCACAGGCGGAGAGUCGCUGAGCACAUAUGUUUUUGAAAGCAACUCAGAAGGGGAAAAGAUAUGUUAUGCUAUUAAUUUGGGAAAAGAAAUCAUUGAGGUACAAAAGGAUCCAGAAGCAUUGGCUCAACUAAUGCUGUCCAUACCACUAACCAAUGAUGGAAAAUAUGUACUGUUAAACGAUCAGCCAGAUGACAGUGAUGGAAGUUCAAGUGAAAAUAGAGGCGCAGAAUCUGAAGCAUAACUUUCUUGCUGUGCCUUUGGGGGAAGAGCACCCAGGAAGGAGAACUGCCUCCUUAAGGGUUUUCAACUUCUCUAACGCAGGCACACCACCUGGUUUCAGAAUGCUGACAAUCACUUGUGGAAUGUACUCUUGAUGCCUUGAUACUGAAACUUGGGAGGGAAACAGUAAGCAAUGGUUGACAACAUACCCAUCUGCAAAUGUUAUUUUAGGUGCUUUGUGGUAAGUCUUUUUCUUAGAUUGCACUGUUCAGCGCUCAGAAUGAAAGCUAUGAAAAAAAGGCAUUGUUCACUUUAUUUCAACAUCAUCUCUUUUCAGUUUUCCAGUAUCCUUUUUUAAAAAAUGGUAAAAGCCUAGAUUUAUAAUUUGAUAAACACUAAAUAUUUCCUAUUAAUAUCUAUUUUUGUAUUUAGUGAGCUUUAAGUGCCUGUCAUUCUGAAAAUUGUGUAUUUAUAAUCAAGCUUGUCUUGUAAUUGGACCUAAUAGCAUUAACUUGUGUAGUUAAAUGAUGGGCCCUGUUCUUUGAGGCUCAAGCACUAGCAGAAAUGCAGGUUUAGUUUUGGUAAUUGUUCAAACAUCAAGCAAUAAAAACACAAAAGAUGUUUAAUUUUACAUUGGAACCUUAUGAACCAGCAUUCAGAAGGUUAUGGUCCUUUAGAUACUGCUUUUAGGGGUGGAUCACCAUAGACAGGGUGCAGUUCUACCAAUUCCUGUUUCUUCUGAGCCAGACCCUCCUUAAGGGGCCAAUUCAUUUUAAAACUCACUUGAAGCACAGCUGGCCAUGGGGCUUGGAAUAGAAGUUUCUAUUUCUACCCUAUGUCUCAUUCCAGGUGUCCCAGCCCACUAGGAAAUAAGUAUAAUGAUCUUGAAUUGGUACAGGGUGUUUUAAUUAUAACUAAGCUCAACAGAAUAUCAUUGUCUUUGUAAUAAAUUAACCUAGCAAUAAAUGCUAGCAAAUAAAAACUAUCAUUCUGCUUC